AUGACUGAAGUGAACGAAUUGAAGUACUCGAAAGAGAGGAAAGUAGGAGAAGGAACCUACGCUGUGGUGUACCUAGGGAAACAGAUGAAGACUAAGAGAAGCAUAGCCAUCAAGGAAAUCAAAACUGGGCUCUUCAAAGAUGGAUUAGACAUGUCUGCCAUACGCGAAGUCAAGUAUCUCCAAGAACUCAAACACUUGAAUGUCAUAGAACUUAUAGAUGUGUUUUCGUCCGCCAACAACUUGAACUUGGUGCUCGAGUUCUUGCCGUGUGACUUGGAAGUGUUGAUCAAGGACCAGUCCAUCAUUUUUAAGCCUUCAGACAUCAAAUCGUGGUUGCUCAUGACAUUGAGAGGUGUUCAUCAUUGCCACAGAAACUUCAUAUUACACCGAGACUUGAAGCCCAAUAACUUGUUGAUAGCACCCGAUGGCCAGUUGAAGAUAGCCGAUUUUGGGUUGGCCCGUUCGUUGGGUAACCCUAAUGAAGACUUGUCUCCCAUGGUAGUGACUAGGUGGUAUAGAGCCCCCGAAUUAUUGUUUGGAGCUAAACACUAUACAUAUGCAGUUGAUAUCUGGGCGGUGGGGAUAAUAUUCGCCGAGUUGAUGUUACGAAUCCCAUAUCUUCCAGGGAAAGACGAUGUGGACCAAUUGGACGUGACUUUUAGAGCCUUGGGAACCCCCACAGAACUGAAUUGGCCCAAUGUGUCAUCAUUACCCUUAUACAACGCCUUGAAGGUGUACCCUCCUCCAUCUCGGCAAGAGAUUCGACUCCGGUUCAGUGCCGCCACAGAAAAGGCCUUGGAUUUGUUGAUGCUGAUGACUCAGUUGGAUCCUAGCAACAGGUGCGAUCUGACCUCUGCCUUAUUACACGAAUAUUUCCUAGAGUUACCCAAGCACACCACCCCGGCCCAGCUUCCUAAGAAGGGAGGUGUCCAGGAAGAUGAGUCCAGUAAGAGAAGAAAACUCUGA